AAACCUUCUUUAUCAAUGAGAAGAGGUAUGAAAUUACCAGGAGGUUUACCAGCUUUAGGUCAAUCAGGUCAACCAAAUCAAGAUCAACCACAACAAUCAAAUGAACAACAAAUUCAACAACCACCUUUACAACAGCAUUUGAAUGGAAACAGACCAGAAGUACCGUCAAUGAAAAGUUCAGGCUCAGUUACAAAUUUAAUCGAGAAAAAGGGAAAAUUACCACCACAACAAUCAAUGCAAUUGAAAGGUUUAUUUGCAAAUUACUCAAAAUACAUUGAUAUAAAAUCUGGCUCUUUGAAUUUCAAAGGGAAAUUAUCAUUAGAUUCAAAAGGUGUUGAUUUUAGUUCAGGUUCAUCAUUUAGAAUAUCUGCUGAUGAAUUGGAAUUUAUUGAAGAAUUAGGUCGUGGUAAUUAUGGUACUGUUAGUAAAGUCCUACAUAAACCAACUGGAAUCACAAUGGCAAUGAAAGAGGUUCGUUUAGAAUUGGAUGAAUCAAAAUUUAGACAAAUAUUGAUGGAAUUGGAAGUUUUACAUAUAUGUGUAUCUCCAUUCAUUGUUGAUUUUUAUGGUGCUUUUUUCGUUGAAGGGGCCGUUUAUAUGUGUAUGGAGUAUAUGGAUGGUGGUUCAUUAGAUAAAAUUUAUGGUGAUGGUGUUGAUGAACCUCAUUUAGCUUAUAUCACUGAAUGUGUCAUCAGAGGUUUGAAAGAAUUGAAAGAAAGUCAUAAUAUUAUUCAUAGAGAUGUUAAACCAACAAAUAUUUUGAUAAAUUCUGCUGGAAAAGUCAAAUUAUGUGAUUUUGGUGUUUCAGGUAAUCUAGUUGCUUCUUUAGCUAAAACAAAUAUUGGUUGUCAAUCAUAUAUGGCACCUGAAAGAAUUAAAUCUUUAAGUCCAGAUGAUGUUACUUAUUCAGUCCAAUCAGAUAUUUGGUCAUUAGGUUUAACAAUGUUGGAAACUGCAAAAGGUAGUUAUCCUUAUCCUCCAGAAACUUAUGAUAAUAUUUUCAGUCAAUUAUCUGCCAUUGUUGAUGGUGAGCCUCCUUCACUACCUGAAUCCUAUUCAUCAGAAGCUCGUAAUUUUGUCAAUCAAUGUCUUGAUAAGAAUCCAAAUAGAAGACCAACUUAUUCCAAAUUAUUACUGCAUCCUUGGUUAUUGAAAUACAGAAAUACAGAUGUUAAAAUGAGUGAUUAUAUUAAAUUCAAAUUGGCUGAAAACUCAUCAAGAAAAGAAAAAAAGGAUGAAGAAAAUAUUGAAGAGCUAAAUAGAAAAUUGAACAAAACCCCAGCUUUACAUAGAGGUGGAGCACCACAAAGAACAUGA